AAAUUAUAUCAUUCAAGCAUAGGACUAGAACUAGCACCAGUCCCCACACAGAAUACACCAGUGAUCUUGAAGAGAAAAACGCGACUUCCUAAUUUGGUCAAAUAUGAAUGCGCUGAACAAAGCAUAGGAAUUUAUGACCUUGAAACAACAGGUUUUGGGUCUGAGGCUGAACUUAUCCAACUGGCAGUACUCAUACAGGGAAGGAUGUUCAACAGAUACAUUAAACCAAGAAAUGCAAUACCCAGAAGAAUCACAAGACUUACUGGCAUAGAAAAAAUUGGCAACAUAAUGUAUGCUGAAACAUGUGCAGUAGAAAGUGUACCAUUGUCGGUAUGCCUACAAGAGCUGUUGAUAUUUCUGCCUACAAAUUCAACCCUUCUAGCUCAUAAUGGGAACAGCUUUGACAACCCACGUUUGACAAGAGCUAUUACUCAGUCAAACCUAGAUUUUUCUAAAAAGCUCGACGGGAUGGGGGACACCAAGACUGUCUUCAAGAAGGUGUGGCCCAUGUUAACAUCAUACAAACAAGCUGACCUGGCAGCUCUCAAACUGCCUGCUGAAUCGUUCAGACAACACAAUGCUGAGGAGGAUGUUAGAAUACUACAGUUGUUAUUCGAACAGGCAAUGAAGGAGAACAGGAUCCGUACUGUUACAUGUCAUACAUUAAAGUCAUUACAGAUGAGGUACUGCUGACAGCUGCUAAUACCAUGGCAACAGAUUACUGGUAGAAAACACUUCUAACACGCUAAUGACAAUGUAUAACAGUUUUUCUUGACAUGGAAGGAACA